AUGAGGCUGAUGCAAAGUCUGCAGCCAUCGUCCAGCUCCGGCUCCGGUUCCUCAGCUCAGCCGAAGAACGUCGAGGAGGCGAAGAAGAAGAAGUACGAGUUCUGGGAGACGCAGCCCGUUCCCAAGAUGAACGACGACGCGCCAAUUCCGCGCGAUGUGAACGAGCCGAUCGACCCGAACACCGACGUGGCGAAGGUGCGCAAGGAGCCGCUGCCCCUGCCCGAGGGCUUCAUCUGGGUCGCCAUGGACAUUGACAAGAAUGAGGAGCUUCAGGAGCUGUACACGCUGCUCUUCGAGAACUACGUCGAGGACGACGACAACAUGUUCCGCUUCAACUACAGCCGCGACUUUCUGCAGUGGGUCCUCAAGCCGCCGCACUACAACACCGCCUGGUACGUGGGCGUGCGCGUGGCGCCCAAGGCGGGCGCCACCAAGCCGGGCAAACUGCUGGGCUUCGUCUCCGCCAUUCCCUCGAAGAUUCGCGUCUACGACAAAACCAUCGCCGCCGUGGAGAUCAACUUCCUCUGCGUGCACAAGAAGCUCCGCUCGAAGCGGCUCGCCCCGGUGCUGAUCAAGGAGAUCACCCGCCGUGUCAACCUGACCGGCGUCUGGCAGGCGCUCUACACGGCGGGCGUCUUCAUUCCGAAGCCAGUGAGCACCUGCCGCUACUACCACCGCUCGCUCAACCCCAAGAAGCUGAUUGAGGUCGGUUUCAGCUCGAUGAGUCGCAACAUGAACAUGACGCGCACGCUGAAGCUCUACCGCCUCCCGGAGGCGCCCAACAAAACCUGCGGCGUGGGCGGGCAGUCGCUGCGGCGGGCGGUCAAGGGCGACCUGAAGGCGAUGUACGGCCUCUUCACCGCCCACAUGGCCAAGUUUGACCUGGUGCCGGUCUUUGAGCCGGAGGAGUUUGCCCACUGGAUCCUGCCGCGGGAGGGCGUCGUCGAGAGCUACGUUUUGGAGAAACCGAACACCUCGACGAAGAAGAAGGACAUCAUCGCCUUCUUCAGCUUCUACAUCCUCCCCUCGACGGUGAUGAACCACGCGACGCACAAGGAGGUGAAGGCCGCCUACAGCUUCUACAAUGUCACCGGUGAAGAGCACUCGGUGUCGCUGGUCGACCUGAUGGCCGACGCCCUGGUCGUCGCCAAGAAUACGGGCAUGGACGUCUUCAACGCCCUCAAUCAGAUGGAGAACGAGCAGUUCCUGAAGGAGCUCAAGUUCGGCUCCGGCGACGGCUCCCUCCACUACUACCUCUUCAACUGGAAGUGCGCCACCUUUGAGCCCAAACAGGUCGGCGUCGUACUGCAAUAG